ACCGUCUCAUCGUCUCCAAGUGCUUCAUGAAUCAGAGACAAACAAAGUAAUGUCAAAAUUGAGCAAAAAUGAAGAUAGAGUGCAGUCUAAAAUAUAACCUACAAAACUUUUAUGAAUUUGAAUUUACAAGAUAAAAAUAUCUUAAAAUGUACGGAAAUGAUUUUGUUGAAUAAAGUACAGGAAAUUUAUUGAUUUAGAUCUACAGAAUUUAUUCAUUGAUUCUGAUAGAAAAAGUUUGGACUAUGUUGCGCGCUGUUUCUAGUAUUUACAUUGAGACCCAGGCAUUCGAGUUAUUAGCUCCGUACAGAAGAGAUGUUUUUAAAUUAUUUCGUACGAGUUCCUCAGUGCCGCUGCCACACCAGACCGUGCUCACGAGAGAUGAGUACCGUCCGGAGAGCACACAGGACGCCAGCCCGGGAACUCAGGGCGGCGCUGCAGCGGCACCACCUCCCCCACCGCCCCCGCCCCCGCCCCCGCCACCGCCACCGCCGCGCCGCUCGUGGGCCGUCGCCGCCGCGAUAGCGCUCACGGCUUCCGUCGGCGGCGUUUACUACUAUAAAAAAUUGAACGAGCGCUCACCACUCGCACCGUCCGACCCGCCCGACGCGACGUCGGCGACGGGCCGGGAACCCUCGGAGCCGCCGGAGCCGGCCACCGCGGCGGAGCUCCCGCGCCGCGUGCAGUACCUGCUGGUGGGCGCGGGCACGGCGUCGUUCGCCGCGAUGCGCGCCAUCCGCAGCGCGCGGCCCGACGCGCAGGUGCUCAUCGUGGGCGACGAGCCCGCGCUGCCCUACAUGCGACCGCCGCUCAGCAAGGAGCUAUGGCGCGAGCCGGCGCUGGCGGCCGCGCGAGCGAGCGAAGCGCUCACCUUCCGCCAGUGGAACGGCAAGCGGCGCGGCCUAUCGUACGAGCCGGCGGCCUUCUACGCGCCCGUGGCGGCGCUCGCGGCGGGCGGCGGCGGCGCGGCGGUGGCGCGCGGGUGGCGCGUGACCCGCUUGGAUGUGGCGCGCGGCGAGGCGGAGCUGCGGCCCGCGAGCGGGAGGCAGGGGGAGGGGCAGGGGGAGGCGGAGAGCGCCGUGGUGGCGUACGACAAGUGCCUGGUGGCGACGGGCGUGCGGCCGCGGCGUGCGGCGGCGCUGGACGCGGCGCGGCGCGGCGGGCGCGUGCUGCAGCUGCGGUCGGCGGGUGACGCGGUGCGGCUGGCGCGCGAGCUGGAGGCGGGGGGGGUGUCCACGGUGGCGGUGGUGGGGGGCGGGUUCCUGGCGUCGGAGCUGAGCGCGGCGCUGUCGGAGCGGCUGGGGCCGGGCGGGGCGCGCGUGCUGCAGGUGUUCCGCGAGGCGGCGCCCAUGUGGGGCGUGCUGCCCGCCUACCUGGCGCGGGAGGCGGCGCGCCGGCUCGCAGACAUAGGCGUCGCGCUGCUGCCCUCCACGGAGAUCCUGUCGAGCUCGAGCUCGGAAGGGCGCGUGACGCUGGGGCUGGGCGACGGGUCCCAGGUGUGGGCCGACGUGGUGGUGGAGUGCGUGGGCUGCGAGCCUGACCAGGAGCUACCCCGCGCCUCGCAGCUGGAGACGCAUCCCGACCUGGGCGGCAUACUCGUCAACGCGGAGCUGCAGGCCCGGGGCGGCGUGUAUGCCGCCGGGGACGUGGCGUGCUUCCACGACGUGAUGCUGGGCCGGCGCCGGGUGGAGCAUCACGACCAUGCCGUGCUGUCCGGACGACUGGCGGGACAGAACAUGGCCUCCGACACCAGGCCCGACCACUACACGCACCAGAGUAUGUUCUGGAGCGACCUGGGGCCCGACCUGGGGUACGAGGCCAUCGGGUUAGUGGACUCGCGGCUGCCCACAGUGGGUGUUUUCUCUGCGGACGCCGUUUCUGAAACGGAAACUCGCGUCACUGAAGUGGGAGCCACAGCGGAAGUGGGGGCGGGGGCGGAAGCGGAAACGGGGGUAUUAGCCGAGCCACUCCCCGAGCAGGCUGUAAAGGCAGUGGUCGCUCAGCCGUCGUCCCACGCGGAUGUCGACGAGGCCAGCAGGCGGCGCUACCAGCGCGGCGUGAUAUUCUACCUGCGGGAACAACGCGUGGUCGGAGUGCUGCUGUGGAACCUCUUCAACCGGAUGCACGUGGCCAGGCAGGUCCUGGCGCAGGGCGAGUUCGAGGACUUGUUCGAGGUGGCCAAGUUAUUCACACUCCAAGAAGAAGAAUGAACGAACGCUACACGUUCGUGUUGCAUUUGUAUAUAUAAUAUUAUAAAUUAUAAUAAAUAAUUUACACCUA